UGAAUCUAAUGGUAUAAUUUUUUUAAUCUUCCACGAGAGCUUGAGUAAACACUCUAGCUUCACAGUUCUCUCAAAACCAAAAGUGCCCUAAUUUUGCAGGACUACGGGCAUUUUUUAUCCACUAAAAGGAGGGUAACGCUGCACCUUGUUACGUGCACAUGAACAACCCUUUUGCCACAUGGUAACAGAGGAUUGAAGCAACUCCAAGAAUUUGUUAUCAAAAGACCAUGGAUUGAUCAAAUGUGGAGUUACAAAAUCAACCUCUCCUGGCUCUAUGAAUGUAUAAUGGGCCCAAAUCAUUGUCCCUGAUAAUGCUGUAAAUAGUAUCUGUAAAUAGUACAACGAGCGAGCUGCAGUCACCUUAGCCACAAUGUCCAUUGUUUUGACCAUUUUUCUUCUUUUUCGUAGUUAACUAGUCUUCUCUCCCACCCUGACGGAAGUGUGUGACCAGUUGUAAUUCUUCUGGUCCCAGUCUGACAAGAAAAGAUUGCUUUCCACCUACCAUUUUCAUACUGCCUACAGCUAAUAACCUAUCAAUAUAAACCAGCUGGUAGAUGCAGAGCUCUCAACGAAAAUAUUCCUACUCGGCCCACCUCUUCCUCUCCCCUCCUCUCCAUCUCCUUCCCCAAUGGAUCCCGACACCGAAAUCCAAUUCGACUUCUCCCCGUUCCUCCGCCUCUACAAGAGCGGCCGAAUCGAGCGCCUCCUUGGCACCGAUGUCGUCCCCGCCUCCGUCGAUCCCGCCACCGGCGUCGCCUCCAAAGACGUCACCAUCGACCCCUCCAUCGGUGUCUCCGCCCGCCUCUACCUCCCCACCAACACGAUCAGCAGCAAGAAGUUCCCCAUCCUCAUCUACAUCCACGGAGGCGCCUUCGUUAUCGAGUCCGCCUUCUCCCCGACCUACCACCACUACCUCAACGCUCUCGUCGCCCGGGCCCACGUCCUCGCCGUCUCCGUCGAGUACCGCCUCGCGCCGGAGCACCCGCUCCCCGCCGCCUACGACGACGCCUGGGCGGCCGCCAGGUGGGUCGCCUCCCACGGCAGCGGCGCCGGGGACCCGGAGCCCUGGCUCUCCGAACACGGCGACUUCGACCGUGUCUUCUUGGCCGGCGACAGCGCCGGGGCCAACAUCGCCCACAACAUGGCGGUGCGGGCCGGGGCGGAGGAGCUGGAGGGUGGGAUGAGGAUCAGAGGGCUGGUGUUGAUCCAUCCGUACUUCUGCGGGAAGGAGCCGGUGGGGAUGGAGAGCAGGGAUCCGCGGGUGAGGGAGAGGAUGGAGAGCACGUGGGGGUUCGUGUGCGGGUGGAAGAAGGGGUUGGAGGAUCCGCUUGUGGAUCCGCUAAGGGGGGAGGGGAUGGAGGGGUUGGGGUGCGAGCGGGUGCUGGUGAGCGUGGCGGAGAGGGAUUUCUUGAGGGAGAGAGGGAGGGCGUAUACGAGGGUUGAAGGGAGCGGGUGGGGAGGGAAGGUGGAGCUGAUGGAGUCGGAGGGGGAGGAUCAUGUGUUCCAUCUCCAGAAUCCUACAGGGGAGAAGGCUUUGAAGGAGAUGGAACGCAUGAUUUCUUUCCUCUAUCAAGAUUGAUUUUUCUUUUGCCCGUAUUAUAUAUAUUAUUGGAAAGAGGAAAUGACAGAUCUGAUGGAGAGCAGCAUAUGUUGUUCGAGAUGACUAAUAUGGGCUGGAAGCUUCUUAUUCAUCCUAGAUUUUAUGUUGUUAUGCUCUUUGAAGUAGAAUUUAUCAAAUAUUUUCUUUUCAAGUCCCGAAGAUA